GAUUUGGGUAGCAAUAAUAUUAAUGGGCUGCUGCUGCUGCUGCUGCAGAGUUUCUGGCUUCUCAUCUUUUGGUUAUGGCUAAGGCUAAAAUCUGCUGCUCCAUUGAAUUGGAGCCCAAAACCCUGAACCAUGGCCAACUUUACCGGGCCAGGGAAGUGGCUGCUGAUGUUGUUCAGAAGCUGGAACCAGAGGAAGCUUCUGCUGUAUUMAUUGAUGUGGUAGAACGAUUCAAAACGGUGAAUCAGACGAUUGAAAGCGGAGAGCCGUCUCGACCGCUGCAAGAUUACGUGGAGGGAAGAGAAAGAUGCCAAUGCUCUUGCCUCCCUACUGAAUCCCCAAAUCAAAUGCAGCUACUCAAAGAACCACUCUCAGCUCCAUUCUGAAGCUGCAUCUUUCUCUUGAUCACAAGUGCUUCUAUCAUGGUUAAGAAGACUGUUAAAUUAAAUUCAAGUAGCAUGAUUUUAUUUUGGAAGGAUUUGGGCUGUCAUUUAUAAAUUGUAAUGAAUAAUUAUUGGCUGAUUAAACUGCCACUGAUUAUAUAUACAACAAUAUGACCUUGCUCCAAAA